GUACUAGCAGUGAGCGGAAAUGAGCGUGUUGCUCGACGUAAGGAAGCUCAGUUAUGUCAGAGAUAUGAAAGGGCGUUAAUAAGUAAACAUAUAUUAAAUGUUAGAAUGUAACAGCUUUGUCAUGAAUGGAGCUCCAGUUGUUUUGGCCCCUCGAAGUUAACGGCGGGAACAUUUACUGAAUAAAGAAAGAUACAACAUCCGCAGGCAGUGAUGGAGCUGUCUCAGAGGGACAGGCUGUCGGAGCUGGUGGAGCAGCUGACCACGUCGGGACAGCCACAGCUCAACCAGGACAAGAUGAAGGAGGUCAAGAAGAUCUGCAAAGUGUCCAAUGACUGCAUAGACCACGUGUACCACUCAGUGUUGUCACAGCUCAACGAAGAACACGCUGAAGUCCGACUGUCCGCCUUCCAGAUAGCCAGUGAGCUCUUCUCCAGAUCACAUCACUUCAGAACUCUGCUGGUGGACAACCUCCAGGAGUUCUUGGAGUUAACAGUGGAGACGGACUCGGAGCAGCCCCUCCCCCCUCCUAAGGAGGUAGCCAGAAAGCUGAGGUCACUUGCCAUCCAGACUGUCCAGUCAUGGCAGACCUCAUAUGGAGGGGCUUAUAAGAAGUUAGCUCUGGGCUACCACUUUCUCAAACAGGUUAAGAAGGUGGACUUCCAGGAUGCUGAGGCCAGGACGGUAGCAGAGAGGAGGAGGGCGGAGGACAGACAGAGGAGAAUGGAGAUAAUCUACAAGGAGAGAGUGGAGGCAGCCCUCAAAGACAUGGAGGAGUCGUAUCCAGACAUCGAGGCAACGCUCACAGAGAUGGAGUGCUGUAUGAGGCUGCUCCUCCCUGAGUUUGAACUUACAGGCAUCCAGACAACCAAUAGCAGCUCUCCAAACUCCCAACCAGCCAAUGAAUGCUCAUCAGUUGAUGAACAGCCCUGCUGCAGCAAAGACGUGAGGGAUGACAAGAGAAGAGGAAAGCUAGAAGAGAAGGAGGGCAGGGAAGAAAAGAAAAGUGAUGGUGAGGAAAAGAGAGAAACAGAAGACAAAGGAACCAUAGAGAGGGAGGAGAGGAAUGACGGGGAAGAGAAAAGAAGAGAUGGGAAUGAGAACGAGAAGAAGAAGGUAGAAGAUAGGGAGGAACAGGAGGAAGAGGAGGAGGAGGGAAGUAGUGCAGAAGAAGAAGAAGAAGAGGAGGAGGAGGAGGAGGAGGAGGGUGAAGACUUGUUUAUUCGGAACUCUGGGCUCAUCUCUCACUCGUACAGUCUGGACCUGAACCUGAGUCCUGGGCUUCAUGUUAAGGAGACAGAGGAUAAUGAGGCAGUGGUUUCCACGGUGAUAGACCUCCACAAACUGAUAAAAAGCAAACAUCUACCAGCUGUGCAGGGCUGGAUUCAGGUCUUCACCAAGUCAGGUGCUGAGCAGCAGCUGUUAAGGAGAGCUCUGGAUCUGAAGAGGUCUUUGGAAGCUGCCCUGCAGAAGCACGAAGAGCUUCACAUUGAUUACAAGACCCGGGUCCGCAAAGUGAUGAAGGCUCAUUCAGACGGAGAGGACGAUGACGACGACGAUGAUGAUUUUGAUGAGGUUCCAGAGAAAGAAGGCUAUGAGCCACACAUUCCAGAGCAUCUGCGAGCCGAGUACGGUUUGGACCCGACUCCUUCCACCUCAACAGCACCAGUCACAAAAAAACCUCCUGCUAAAAGACCGGCGGCUCCGCCACCUCCGCCCUCCUCCUCUUCCUCCUUCUCUAGGCGGCUAAAGCGACGUGCAGAGGAGGAGCAGGAUCCAACAUGUGCAGCCGCCACGCUGCGCCUCCUCAAACAGAACCUCCCUCUGCCCGCAGAACCCAGCAGCUCUGCAGGUCCCAGUUCAUCCCAGUCCUCUUCAGAGCAGAAGGCCACUGACGCUCCUGUGGUUCCAUUCGGUUUGGACCUGUACUACUGGGGCCAGGAGCAGCCCAACGCCGGCAAGAUCGUCAAGUUGGCCUCUCAGCAUCAGUUCUGGGCUCACACUGUGGUGGAGGAGGAGGUGGAGAACGAAGAGCUCCUGGCAGAGAGCAGGAGCAGAUACAUCUCCUUCCCCGGGAGAUUCACCCCCGUCGGCCAUCACUGCAGAGCUCCACUGGGCAACGGAAGCCUGUGUCAGAGACAGGACCGCCACAAGUGUCCUUUCCACGGCCGGAUCAUUCCUCGAGACGAGGAUGGGCGACCCCUCAGCCAGGAGGACCGACUGAGGGAGGAGCAGGAGGAGAGGAGGAAGAGGGAGGAGCAGCCUGACUGGCGUGAUGCAGAGCUGAUGCGAGACAUCGAGGCGGCGACAGGAGAAGACCUGGGUUCAGACAGGGUGGGUAAAAAAGGGAAGGGUAAAGGAAAGAAGAAGUAUCCCAACCUGAGCGAUCUGAAGCAGAGCGCCAACACGUCCCGCUCCAGGCUGGAGAGAAAAGUCUUCAACAAGAGCGCCAUGCGCAGAGUGGCUCAGGUGAUGAGCAAAUGUGACAAAAGAAAGCAUGAAAAGUUCUCCAACCAGUUCAACUACGCUCUCAACUGACCUGCAGCCAGCCGAACACGUGCUCGGACUGAGCUCUGCUCUUAGACCUGAUGAACUUUAAAAGAAGGAAAGGUUUUAAUGUAUUUAUGUGCACAUACAGAUGACUGAAAUAACAUGUUUGAACAUGAGAAGCUUGAAGAACGUGAUCAUUAAUGAUGAUGUGUUCUGCCUCUACUGAGCGCACAUGUGCAGCUUAACCAUCAGCUACCACACAAUAAACACCUCUUUUCUUUUUCUUAGUCUCAUUUAUCGGACACAUUGUUCAGCGUAAUCCUGCCUUUCUAUCUUUUUCUAAUGUUUUCUAUUCUUAAAUUAUUCUUAUUAAAAUAAUGAUAAAUGUUUUGUGUUUUUGUUCUGAACGAACAUGGAGCAGAAGUAAACUGUAACUCUUUCCUCA